GAGAAAAGGGAUCAGACUCACAAACUGGAACUCUGCCCUCUGGUCUCCUGGUUUGGAUCUUAAAUGACUGAAGACACACAAGGGAGAAGAUGAUCUGCAGCAUCCUGCUGCUCAUCAUCCUGACCUCCUGUGUCUCUGGAACAUUUGUAGUGAAUGUGACCCAGACCUCCUAUCAGGCAGAGGAGAACCACGACAUCACACUGGAGUGGACCUUCACAACCAACCCUCACAGUUCCUCCAACUCUCUUAAUAUCUUCUGUGAACUGAUAACUGAUCUCAAGAAUCCAGUCCUGUUUCAUCUCCAUGAAGGAGUUGAGGUCCCAGAGUCUCAGGAUGAACAGUUUGCAGGACGAGUCCAGUGGGACAAAGACGUUCUCAGAGAAGGACGACUCAGACUUCAUGUGUCCAGACUCAGGACUGAAGACUCGGGACUGUACAAGUGUCAAGUAAUCACAAGUCAUGGGAGUAACUCUGGUAAAUGUUGGCUCAAUGUCACUGCAGCUGCUGAUGAGCCCAAACCUCAGAGACCAACAGUGAGACCAGAACCAAAGAGUCUGAAAAACAUCUGGAUCCUCUACGUUAGACUGACAGCAGCAGCAGUGCCAGCAGCCUCUGUACUGAUUCUCUGUCUCUUGUCUUUCAAUCCUUGUUUUACUAAAUCUACUGUUAAUAAAAGAAAUCACCCACAGUUUGCAGCUGUACAGAUGUCGAGUUUAUCAGAGAAAGGAGCCAUCAGGACUAACAGAACCCAGUCUGGAGGACCCUCUUUAAAUGAGUCGUAAAUGAGAACAUAAAGUCACAGUCAUAAAAGUCACAGUCAUAAAAACUAAAUCAGACUCCUAGAGUCUGUCCUCCUUCUGUUCUUAGUGUCAGAAAACUAUUUGAUAUAAAAUGUAUAUUAUUAUGUUUUAAAUAUUGUUCAUGUAAAUAUGUACUACUUGUUUCAGUCUAAAUUGUUAUUACAGCAGAAAUAACUAAUAUCAGUGUAAAUAAUGCUUUCAUUGAGUGAAGUGUUUGGCAGCUUUUAAAUAAUCAAGGAAUACAACUUGGUGACCUUUUCUUAAAUAAAAAAAAUAAUAAAAAUGA